AUGGCCUCUCGCUGGUGGCUUCUCGUUCAGGCGGUUUUCUGGCGCUUUCUCAUGCGCAUCGGCAUGUUCCUGCAUGACUUCUCCUCUCCACCUCGGCCUCCCCGGUGUUCCUUCAUCCGAUACGUCCCCGUCGGCGACUCCCACAUCCGACUGUACUUCUACUGUCCGCCUUCAUACCAUCGGGCCCGGAAAGACAAAUCUAACCGCCGCUUUCCGGUGCUGAUCAACUUCCACGGAGGUGGGUUCACUUUGGGUUGUGCCUCCGACGAUGGUCGCUGGGCGCAUUUCGUCCUGGACGAAGCGGAUGCUGUCAUGGUCAGCGUGGGCUACCGACGCGCCCCCGAACAUCCGUUCCCGGCCGCCGUCGAUGACGGGGUCCAAGCGCUCCUGUAUUUGGCCUCUCACGCCGCCGAACUGGGGCUCGAUGUCUCGCGCAUCGCGCUGAGCGGAUUCUCGGCGGGCGGGAACCUGGCGGUGACAGUCCCUCUGCGGUUGCGCAGUUUGCUGGCGACGUCAGACCCGUCUCCGAAUGACCAAGACGAACCGGUGGUGCGGGCCGACUCCACCGAACAACUGAUCGACGGGUCGGCGAGCGAUCUCAACAUCGUCGCGCUAUUCUGCUGGUACCCGAUCCUCGACUUUGAAACCUCCCGCGCCCAUCGCCGCGCCAUGAGUAUCAUGCCGGACAAGACCUUGCCGGAUUUCUUCACUACCUUGUUCGAUGAGUCGUAUCUGCCCCAUCUAGCGGACCGGCGAUCGCCGUAUGCGUCGCCCGUGCGGGCGUCGGACGAGGUCCUGCGCGAUGCCCUGCCACACGAUAUUUUCCUGUAUGUCUGUGAGUGGGACAUGUUACUCAAUGAAGGGCAGGAGUUUGUCCGUCGCCUGGAGUCGAUCAAUAAACAUGUCCGUGCCAUGAUGAUCGAGAGGGUGCCUCAUGCCUGGGACAAGUCGCCCAACCCGUUCCGUGACCAGGACCGGGUCAAUAUCCUCUAUCGCGAUGCAUGUGCAGAUAUGAAGGCGAUUUUCGGCGGACAGGUCUGA